AUGGAGAAACAAAAAUAUUUAUAUAAAAACUCAAAAUGUGUCGGAGGAACAUCAUCAACAGUAUCACUGAUCAAUGCGUGGAUAUCAAUAACGGGGCAACGCAAUUUACAAAAAUACCGUUCUAUUGCAUAUUUAGGGGGUUUUACAAUAAUUGCAUUUGCAACAAUAUGGUUCUUGUCACAGUCACCGACAUAUAAAAUCGAAUAUGAUUCAAAAGAAAAAUCCGAAAAAUCCGAAAAAUCCAAUAAAAAAAGCGAUGGCAAAAACAAACCGGGCAAGCAUGUCAACACCACGAACAAAAAAUCGGUUAGUUGGUGGUCAGCUAUCCGUGAAAAAAUUACUAGCAAGUUAGGAUUUGGCAGGAAAUCAAAAUCGCAAAAGAAUGCAACAAAGUUUGGAAAACCUUCGAGUUCACGGAGCAAUAGUUCGAACGGUUAUAAUAAAAACAAGUCAGAUGGUAAGAAACGAAUCUCUGGACUUUGUGGCAGUGGGUCUGAUACCAAGUCAAAUAGCUCGAUUGGCUCAAGUUAUGAUACAAAACUUGUAAGUUUAACAAAGAAUGAAAAUUCAAUUAACAAGAAAGUUCAAGAUAAUCGAAUUGGAUCCGGCGGUGACGGUGGCUCGUGCAGUAGUAAUGCUAGUUAUGAUUGCAUGCGACAAAAGGUUCAGAUUAAUAAAAAAAUUCGCAAUGGACCUUGUGGUGUUAAUAACGUAUCUAUCAACAACACAAACAAUGACGGUUUGCAAAAAAAGGACAAUCAUAUUCGGGAAAUCCAAGUUGGAUUGCCCAAUAGCAACUUAAAUUCUAAUAGUAAAGUAGUCAAGCAGCAACCUUUACGAAAAUUGAAGUUAAAUGCUCAAGGGGUUCGUUCUUCUAAUUCUUCUAGAUGUUAUAAAUUGUCAUCAAGAAAUGUGGAAAGCAGAUACUGGUCAGGUGAUCACUCAACAUAUAAACACUCCGAGAAGACCAGCUCAACACGGCCUAUUCACGACGUUAAAUGUCCCAUGAAAUCCUUAUGUCAGGACAUGGAUAAUAGGGAAUCAAGUCGUCAAGAACGUCCUCUUACUGAUCUGGAAAUGAGAAUUACAGACACGGUCAAAAAAAUAAACUCGAUCGAACUCCAAGUCGGAGAAAAAGAUCGAGAAUUUUACAUUCCUUACGAACCACUGACAUUACAUGAAACUUCAGAUCAAAUUGCGCAAGAGCGUGUUGAACGUUACAAAAAACUUUUAGUAAAACUCAAGAAGCAAAAUCAUCAAGAUUUAAACUUUGAAUUUACACUUGAAAAAUUUCAAGAGUAUUUUCAUGAAAAAAAAUACUAUGUAUUCGAAGAUGACGACGAUAACAGCUGCAAACGAGCCGAUCAAUAUGAUGAGUACAAUGAUUUCCUUGAAAGUAUACAAACCACAGCAGGAACCAAAAUCACUGGAAAGGAAAACGUCCAUUGCGACAAGAUUCCAAGUCUUAACGAUGUACUUGCACAAGAUGAACAAGCAUCUAAGAGGAGAAUUGAACGAAACUUUGAAAUUCUGAAGAUGCUUGAAUCAUAUCAACAACAAAGUAAAGAGACUGAAGCGAACAUCAAAAAAUCGAUUGAGAUGUUCCAUGAACAGAAUGCCCAAUGUAAGGGGGCAACGCGACAUUUAAAGCGGCCCUCGAGAUUCCAUGACGAGUUCGAUAGAUUUGAGGAUCGAAUGAUGGAUGUUAAACAACAAGCCAAAUAUCUAACAAUAGGUUUAGAUGACAUGGAUGAGUACUUUAAAGAGAUAUUAGAACUCUCUUGUGAUGAUGAUAAAAUGGACAUUGCAGUGACAAAACACGGUUCUAUAUUAAUUGAUGAUGAUUAA